AUGAAGAUGUCAACGCGCCGUAAUUCCUACUCAUUAUCUGGUAGAAGACCACAUACACAUGAAAAAUCAGGAACACAACAACAUUCUUGGAAAAACUUCUAUAGGUUGGAUGGUGAUCCUAUUGGACGUGGCUAUGCUGGCAAGGUUUACAAAGUAUUUGCGGACAACAUGAAUUUACUGGAAAUUUCAAGUUCAGACCAUCAGAAUUUUUCGACAAUUAUAUGUUCAGGAAAUUAUUUUGCCAAGCCUGGUGAAUAUUUUGCAUGUAAAGCGAUCCGCAGAUUCCGUGGCGGAAAGGAUACUUUCUCAAAAAUCACUUCUGAGAUACGGGCAAUGAUCAAUUUACAAAGCUAUUCAGGCCACUAUUUUGAAAAUACUAAUCUUGCUUGUACUGAUUCAUUCCUCAUUUCCAUCCACCCAGGCAAUCGAAUGGAUCCGCCAAAAUCCGCCUCACCUAAACUAUUUGCUGUUCACGAAGACUCAUUGGAAGUAGCAAUCGUUAUGGAAUACGCACACGGAGGAUCAUUAUACGAUUUAUGCGGAUAUGCCUACCGGAAGUGCAGUAUUCCCACGUCGCCUAAAACAGAUCAUCAGUUUAAAAAGUCUCUUGUGGAUGGAUUACCUGAAGUAUAUGUUUGUCAAUUACUAGUUAGUAUUCUUGAAGCAUUGAUGUACAUGCAUGAAUCCUUAAAAAUGGUUCAUCUUGAUGUUAAGGCUGAAAAUGUAUUGUUACGUCAACCCUAUCCAUCUACUGAUGUCUUUCUAACAGACUUUGGCCUAGCAACUGUAUUAACGGAAGGGAAACAACAUCGUGAACUAGCAGGAACACCAGACUAUGUUGCUCCAGAAAUUAUCAACUAUGAUCCGAUCACAUUUGCUACAGAUAUGUGGUCUGUUGGAGUUCUUACUUAUUAUCUACUCACUGGCAUCUCACCAUUUCUUGGUGAAGACAAAAUGAUUACUAUGCAAAAUAUAACUCAUGCAACAAUUACAUAUCCAGAUGAACUUUUUAAGCAUCGUUCAUCAAAUUCAAUUGAUUUUAUUCAACAUCUUCUUCAAAGAUCACCAAAACGACGUAUGUCUGCAAGAGAAUGCCUCAGCCAUCCUUGGCUUCAAUCAAUUCAAACCAACGUCAAUGCGAAAGAUAUUCAAUCAAAUGAAUUAUUACAAAACGGCAAUUUCUCAGAGUUCUCAUCAAAUGAUAAAUGUAAUCUAAAAUAUCCAUUAGAAUUAUGCUAUGCAGAACCAAUAUUUGAGCUAAGCGAUGAAUUGCUUUCUGCAUUCUCUUUAUCCUUCUUUACCCUAGAAACCCCUGUAUAUAUUACUCCAUGUAUAAAUCCAAUUGCUCAAAAUAUUGUUAUCAAUUCAUUGUCUAAGGUAUACUACGUUAAGCAUCCCUUAGAUAUGCAGAUGUACAGUACAGUGGCUGUAGGAUUAACAAAUUUAAUAUCUAAUAUUGAUGCAAACGCAUUAUCUUCAUUAGACAUUGAACCAAUCAAUCAGUAUAGUUUAAAUUUAUCUAAAAAUUUAAUUAAUGGACAUUUUAGUCUACUGAAGGUCUUACCGACAACAGGAACAACAACAAUAAGACUAAAGACGGAGAAAUCUUGUCCAGUUAACCGUGUUCAUUAUAAUAAUAAUGAUGAUAAUAAUAUUUACUGUAAUUAUAACUUGAAUAUUAAUACUGAUGUUAAGAAUGAUGAUGAUGGUGAUUCAUCGACUAAAAUGCUACCAUUGGUACCCUUAUCAUCGACAGUUAUACCACCAACUGUUCAACUGCCAAUUAAAUAUUUAUCUAAUUCUUUUACCAACUGUGAUGUUGACAAUUUAUUAUAUGAUGACAUUUACGCCUCAUCGAGUCUAUUCGUCUUAAGGCUGAUACAAGCCUAUUCAAUGUUAUCUACAAUAUAUGAUUUAAAUUAUAAUAACCUAUUGAGCUAUAAUUGUGAUAUAUCUGACUAUACUACUGACACUACUUCUACUAGUAGUAUAAGUAAUAUAACCAAUAAUAUUACAUAUAAUAUUAAUAGUAGUCAUAAUAAUCGAAUCAGGAGUAGUCAUCCAAUGUCAGACAUUGAUCCAUUGCUGGCCGAUUCUUAUCACUUAUCAAAUAAAAUGAUACAAACCAACAGCGAGGUCCCUGAUGAAGACCCAAUUUAUUCAGGUGUAAAGAAAACAUCGACUAAAGUGUCUCAGUAUAACAUUGACACUUUACCGAAAGUGGAUGAGUGUAUUCUGUCAAAAAUUGUUAAGCCGCAUACUUCUACAGUUUGUAUAGAAUUGAAAUCUUCUUCAGGACAAUAUAAAAUUGUAAUAAAUCCAUUGGAGAAUAAUAAUAAUAAUAAUCGAUAUAAUCAUUCAUGGGAGAAUUCAUCUAUUGAUUUUUCAUGGAUUGAAUGUUACAGCUAUAAUGAUGAAAAAGCAUGCUAUAUUUUAGAAUCACCUCUAACCUCUCCAUCCUUAAUAUCAUUUCCUUCAUAUGAUCAUGAACAUCACCGUCACCAUCAACAUCAUCAUUAUGAUUCUGUUCCCUGGAUGGAUAAAUUUAAUGAUCACAAUAUUGGACCAAUAAAACAAUCAAUUAGCCAUCAAACCGUCUACAACAUCAACAUCAAUUCAUCUAACCAACAAACAAUUAUGGAGUCGUGCUAUUGUCAACUUGGGCAUGUGAAAUUCUGUCUGCUAUUCACUUUGAAUCGUAUACAAACAUUGAGUAAUAAAUUAUUUUUUAAUUUUAUGCAUAUCUUUCGUUUAUCUUUAAGAAAUCUUUUUUCACAAUUAUUAUCUUCAACCUACUUAUCUAAUAAUAAGUAG